CGUCCACACACCACACACAAACCGCAACUCCCAUUAAUUAAAAAACGCCCACCGAUAUAAACUUAGAGUGCGCCAUCAUCGGCGUUGUGGCCCCAAAAUAAACCCAAACCAUAGAGAGCUAUAUAUAGCUAGCUCUAAAGUAUGACCCAUACCCAUCACCACACUUACACGGCGGAUAUCGACAACGAUCAGUGGGUUCUCUGCUUCUAAAAGAGCCCAAAAUAUCAUUAUUAUAGAGUAUCAAUUGCAUACAAGUUGAGAUACAAUUAUCUGAAUAGCAUUGUACCUGUGAGGAGAUGAAUCUACCAUUGUUAUGACAUCGUUUGUAGACUAUUAGAGAUUUUAUUUUGUUGCAGGGGAGGUUACGCGAUUACGAUUUAGAAGUUUAACGAUCGCUGUAAAUUUCUACUUCCUUUAAAUCCAAGAUGGCGGUCUCCAUGGGCGUUGUUUACUCGUCACUACGAACUACAUUCAUUGAUAAAACCCAGUUGGGUGCCCAAGAUUUGUUUAGAACUACAUGGAUAAGUAUGAGAAUGUUCCUGUCUGUUACUUUUGUGAUUUUAUUGUUGACUUGCAACCCAGGAGCAAAUGCAGAAGAUGGUGACACGAAAAUUAUUGCGUUGAUAAAUGCUGAUGAGGGGACAGAAGUAGGUUCUGCUGGAGCGCUGCUUGUCCCACCAAAUAAGGAAGUUACAAUAAAUGUUCUUGGGGAAAAUAUUCGAGAUGGAAUGAUUGUUUGGUUCACGACAGAAGAAGCUGAAAUGGGAGACUCGUGUGAAAAUUUGAAUAAUCUUGUUAUAGGAACGAUUCGAUCAGAAAACUCUACCGGGGGAAGAUCCGGUUCAUUGCAAGAAGUAUUUACUGGUUCGACUGCAAUCACUCUGUAUAUGUGCAUCAAGGUGAAAAGUAGUGCAAUUUCAACUCAUUUAGGUACGGAUUCGUGGUUGCAAGUCCAAAUCGUACCGCCAAUACUUCCCCUGUGGAUUCAGAUCAUUUUGAUCGUUCUUCUCUUGGUUCUGUCCGGUUUAUUUAGUGGCUUGAACCUUGGCCUCAUGGCUCUUGAUCCGACCGAACUGAAAAUUCUACAGAAUUGUGGGGAUAGUAAGGAGAAAAAGUACGCCAAGAAAAUCGCUCCGAUACGUCGCGCUGGAAACUACUUGCUCUGUUCGUUACUCCUUGGAAAUGUCCUCGUAAACAGCACGCUCACAAUUCUCCUUGGAGAUUUAUCUUCAGGUUUAUUGGCUGUGAUUGCCUCUACUGCUGGAAUCGUUAUCUUCGGAGAAAUCGUUCCGCAGUCUAUUUGCUCUCGCCAUGGGUUAGCUGUCGGCGCCAGAACGGUCUAUCUUACGUACUUCUUCAUGCUCGCUACCUUCCCCGUCUCAUUUCCAAUCAGUAAGGUACUCGAUUGUAUACUGGGGAAGGAAAUCGGGAGCGUCUAUGACAGAGAACGCUUAUUGGAGUUGAUUCGCGUUACCGAUGAAUACACAGAUCUUCAAAAGGAGGAAGUGGACAUCAUAUCAGGAGCCUUAGAACUCAAGAGGACUCCGGUCAAAUGCGUCAUGACUCCUUUGAGUGAUUGUUACAUGCUGGACGAGGAAGCGGUUUUAGACUUCAAUACCGUCACCGAUAUCAUGAAUAGAGGAUUCACUCGGAUACCAGUGUACUCGGGCACGAGGGACAACAUCGUCGCUCUGUUGUUUGUGAAGGAUUUGGCGUUUGUUGAUCCGGAUGACUGCACUCCACUCAAGACAGUCAUUAAGUUUUACCAGCACCCGAUCAACUUUGUAUUUGAAGACACCACUCUAGAUGUUAUGCUCUCUGAAUUUAAGAAAGGUUCAUCUCAUAUGGCAAUAGUCAAUCGAGUCAAUAACGAGGGAGAAGGCGACCCAUUCUAUGAAGUCCUGGGACUCGUCACACUUGAAGAUGUCAUUGAAGAAAUUCUCAAGUCAGAAAUUGUGGAUGAAACGGACGUCUACACUGAUAAUGUGAACAAGAAGAAAAUCAGCAACUCCAAGCGCCGUGACUACUCAAUCUUUGCCCAGCUUGAUGAGGUGAUUCGACCCAAGAUUUCGCCCCAGUUAGCUCUGGCCACAUUCCAGUUCCUCAACACAGCUGUGGAGCCGUUCAAGAUUGAGAUGAUCUCAGAGGCUGUCUUGCACCGCCUCUUGGAGCAGGAUAUAUACUGCAGCGCUAGACAAGAGGACAAGCGUCAAGCCGUGUAUCUCUACAGCCGCGGCAAACAGGCAGACUAUUUCAUCAUGAUUCUACAAGGGCGGGUAGAGGUCACUAUUGGGAAAGAAAAUCUCAUCUUUGAGCAAGGUCCCUUUGCAUUCUUUGGUCAACAUUCGCUGAUGCCCAUUGGAGCAAACACUAUCUCUCCAUCAGGAAGCAAAACCAGCGUCGGAAGCAGCAUGAGUGCAAACUCCACUACCCCCUUGGCUCCGUUCAUUCCCGAUUUCACCAUCAAGAUCCUCUCCGAUGUCCAGUAUCUACGGAUCUCCCGUAACCAGUACAUCGCAGCUCGCUCUGCCACCAAGAUGGAACGUGAAAUGAAAACGGAAUGUCCGCAAGAGUCUAAGGAGAUCUUCAAUAAAGAAUGGAAGAAAGUGACCAACAAAGAAGCCCUGGAGAUCAAGGGUGCUGAAGGCGAAAGUGACAAUGCUGUCAAUAUCAAACAAAUACAAGUCGGAGUGGAAACCAGCUUUAUAGCAAGUUAUUAACAAGUAACCUACUUGUAGAUAUCGUUAGAUUUUGUGAAUCCAAAAAUCAAUAGAGUUUUUUAAUCGGUCACCAAUACUACAUGUAAAC